AUGGCGCACCCCCACCCUCCUUCCCAAGCCAGCCCGUGCAGCCCGCUCUUGCUCGAGCGCCCCGCCACGCGGCGCGGCCACCAAAGCCGGAGCGCCCUCCCCGGCUGCUGCGCCGCCCCCUCGCGGCCGGGCCGCUCCGGGUGCGCGCGCCGGCGGGGCGCAGACCCACGCGGGGGAGGGGGCGGGGCAGGGUAUCCGCCCCGCGAGGGGGAGCCGCGAGGUGCUGUCGUGCUGCGGGAGACAACUCCGAAGCGAGGAAGAGACUCCGCGAGCGGCGGCGGGGAGGGCAGCCGCGAGCAAGGGGAGCCCCACCGAGCUGGCCCUGCCCGCCUCUGGGUGCGCAUCGCCGUCCGCUGGGAAGGACUUUGUCAGCCAGCAAGAACGAUGCCAGGAGGUCUGGAGAAGGCGUGUCAUCAGUGCAUUUCUAAAAUCGCCAGCAAUGCCUGCUUUGUUUGCGCGCUCUUCGCCUUCCUGGCCCUGCCGCUGGCCAUGGCCUUCACAGGAAUGAAGUUUUUGGAGGACUGCCCUAUACAGCCCCUCAUUCCUCUGUAUUUGCUAGUGGGCGGGAUCGUCGGAACCUUAAAGGUGUCUCUCCUUCUGUACGACUCCACCAGGAUGAGGCGGCUUCUGUCCAAGGCCGUGGUGAUCGACGACGAUGAUGAUGAUGAUGAGUACCCCUGGAGGCGGAAUGUGCACAAGUACUACAUCCACCUCAUCCUCAGUCUCUUCCUCUUCCUCUGGUUCAUCCUGGGCAAUUACUGGGUCUUUUCUGUGUACCUGCCCGAUUUCAUUCCCCCUUUCCAGCAGCCUCAGGGCUACUGUGACAAAAUCCUGUACCUCUUUGCGGUGGGGGUCCUGGCGCUCAGUCACACCGUGCUGGCCUUGCUCGUCCUGGGCAGCGCUUGUGUCUACGUGUGUUCCAGGGGGAGAUUCGCUGCCGAUGAAGACUGACAGCCACCCCCUCCAGCACACACGCUCGCGCAGUUUCCGGACAACGGCACACUGGAGGGGUAAUAAAACCCUCCCUCCGGGCAUUCAAGAACCCACCGAUGGACAUGCACUGACUAGUGGAGCAGGGGAAGGAAACGCUUGCCUUCCUGGCACUCGGGGAAAGCGCUUUUGCUGGUUCAGAAUGGAACUUUGUACUCAUAGGAGUCUUCCAAGGGUUUCUUUUUUUGUUUUGUUUUGGAGGGGGAUAAAGUGAAGGAGGCAAAGAAUAGGAGACCCUUGCAUGGUGCGAGUCCCCUGAAUGGUACAGGAGCAAGGCUGGUUGUAGUUCCCGCUGCUACUGCUGUUGUCGUUCAACCACAAGCACCGUGAUGUCACAGAAAGAAUGCAGACUUUCAAACGAGACAUAGCCCAGCUUCGCUUGCUGUGAUGGCUUUUGGUAUUAGAAGGAGAAAGGUGCUGUUUUAAUGACUCCAGCUGCCUUUUGGGAAAGUGAAGAGCAAUUUCUCCCAACCCCGAAUCAGAUGGGCUUGAUCUGAUGGGUGGGGACAUCGCAGGGACAGCUGUAAAAUCUGCCGAGGUCAGGGAAGCAGCUGCCACCUCGGGGUCUGGGCUGGCCCGCUAGCCCCGCAUUUGCUAGCAUUCUCCACGGGCUGCUACUGCAAACUCUUUGCUUGGCCUUGACUCUGUUUCUUUCUCUGGCUAGCUGACUGCAUCUUUGUGAUUUGUGGCUGGCUAUGUGGCAUGAGCCAGUUUUGUAGGUUUCUGGCCACACUGCAUGGGUUGAGGUGCCAUCAGUGUAGGGUUUUUUUGGUUUCUGAGCUUAAAUAUCAUAUGGUAGCUCCUCUUAGUGUCAGGUUAGGCUUGGGAGCCUUUUGGAAAUCAAGAUGCCUGGAAGUCUAGGAUGACACCAAAGAGCGGCCACGAACCUGCACUCUUGCUGCUGCUGCUGAGAGCUGAAGUUCGUGGGAGCUGUGGAGCUGGGUCAUUGUGUUGGUAUUGGCAAGUGGGGGACCCUUUUCCCAAGGGACAUCCUCAGGCUUUAGAAUUUUAGAUAAAGACACUGCCGUGUGUCUCUCUAGGAGCAAUGCCAGGGGGAGCAUGGCACCUGCUUAAUUGUGCUUCUCUCUCAGCCACAGGCACAGCCUGUCUGUGUAUUUACACGGUGCUGAGCUCCCUCCCCCCCCCUUUUUUUUGCUUUAUAAUAAAACCAAUGCCUGAGUGGCCAUCAAUGUGAGGCACCUCCCUUUAUCAGAAGCAUCAGCUCAAACUGGGAGGCUCACUCCUCUCUGUGGCUUUCAGAGAAAAGGACCCCUGAGCCCCGUGGAGACGUGCCACUUGAGUUUGCAAGCACUCCCCAGGCGUCUGUCACCUGGAGUCACGUUUGUCCUCCCAGGUGAGAAGAAGGUGUUUGGUGCGCCCUCUGCUGGGCAAAAGAGGAACAGCCCUUUUCCUGCCCCGGUCCCUCUGGGCAGUUCCUGUUUUCAUUUUCACUUGAGCCGUGGAAGAAAACCCCUGGUGUGUGGUUUGUGGAUCCUGCCUCACUUGUGAUGCCCAAUUCCCCCAUCGUGCCCCAUGUUGCCCUCUCUGUGCUGGGGCUGGGGAGAGGCUGCGGGCUGGGUGUGUGUGCCAGGGGCUCCCCUCCCAGCCUCCUUUCCCCAGGUGAUGACUUGUCAGCCACCCCCAGUCAUGUAGCCAAUGUUCGAACAUAUGUGAGCAGCAACGACCUGAGCCCAAGGACCCCUGCACAUCUCCCGCAUGGGAGCGUCUGAGGCUCCUGUCGCUGAGGCCUUGGCAAAGGUGGAAAGAGCCAGUGAAAAACCAUGAGUGUAAAAAUGUCUGUUAGCAGAUGGCAGAUAUUGGUUAGUGCUUUGGCUACAUCAGUAGCUAUGUCUCAGAUGUUAGAGAGUCCCAGUUUCUGGUAGGCGUGGAUAUCCCUGGAGUGUGGCAGAAAUCUGUAUCUUUGCCAGAGGGGUGGUGGACGAAGUGUCCUCAUUCUCACAGGUAGCCCCCCUCCCCACCCCCUCCUGCAAUGGAGAAUGUCGGUCCUAAAUGAUUGCUACACCUGGACCACGUUUUUGGCUUUGAGUUUCCUUGUCACCCAAGCAGGAAGAAAGAUAUAAUGAUCAGUCGUAGGCUGCACACUUUCCCAGGAGUAAAAAAUUCUCCCUCUCUGGAGAAACACAGGUUAAGUCUGAAAGAUAGUGUUCAUGUGCAUCGAUUCAUAGAGGGGACACAGAGUGAUUCAGUGGGUGACAUCUUUAGCAUAGCAGGCUUCGAAUGAUUGUUUAUUAGGGCCUCCCUCAAUGGAUGGAGAGAUGGCUAUUAGGAGGUAUAGUUCAAGAAAGAAGUUCUGGGGCCAAGGCAAAUGGCCUACAACUGUGUGGUUCUUUGAAGUUCUGCUUAAUCCAGAGAUGACAUCAGACUAUCUAGGAAGGGAUGUACUGCAUGGCCUUUAAGUCAGUGGUCUCCACCUUUUUUGUCACCAGGGACUGGUUUCAUUGGAGACAAUUUUUCCAUGGUCGGGGGUUGGGGGAGUGGGGGUGCAGAGCUCAGGUGGUGAUGCACAGCCUGUUUCCUAACGGGACACGGACCGGUACUGGUCUGAGGCCCUGGGGUCCGGGACCCAAGCUUUAAGUGAUGCCCUGUUAGUAUUAUUUCUCUCAGCUGGGGGGAAAUUUAGGCAGGUGAGUGUAAGCAGCUCCUGGCUGUAAUGGCUGGCACGGCCUGAAGAGGGCGUGCUGCACUGGUGAAACGGGCCGUGCAUAGCUGCAGACUGGACAUGCCCACCCAAGAGUGACCCAGGAGACGGCCAUUCCUCCUCUGUGGGAACGUGGCAGGGCAGUGGCCUUCCAGGGGAAAUGAACAUGAGAACACCUCAACUUUCUGGAUGCUAUAAAAGCUCAAGGGAACAAAUCCAUAUGACCGGAAGAGAUAAUCAAUUGUUCCCAUCCAAAAAAAAGACUGCAGCAAAGAUAAGCUGUAUGUUGAAGUCUUUUGAUUGUAUUUGCUACAUUGGGCAUCAUUCUAGAAGUCAUUCUUUGCCUGAAUCUAUAGAAAUAACAGUUGAAAGUGGUAAAAGUGGAACCAUUUCACUGGUGUCAGUCAUACCAGUGGUUUCAAACCUCAGUGAGGAAUUAGAACUACCCAGGAUUUGUUUCAACUGCAGAAUCACAGCGCCCAGGAGUCCUGCUUCGUGAGGCCUCCCUGGUUCUGAUUCGGUGGGCCAGAGAACCCCACGUGUGCACUCAGGCCAUGAAUAAAACGUGGACUGACCCACGUCAGGCCUAUGGUGGUUGUCGCCAUGAGGACAAUGUGAUGUGAGUUCAGUCCUUCAUGUUAUUUCCAUCUAUUUUAGUAUGAGAAGAGGCAAAGUGAUCAAUAGCUUUCGUUUUUGUAUGACUGGAUCUUGUGUUUCUUUUCUUUGUGGGCGUGCUGCAUUUUUGAUGGAAUAAACUUCGUGCAAUUUGU